CCGUACCAGUUAGGAACAGAAGGAAGUGGGAGAGGAAAAAACAAAAAAACCACUACAGGCUGGACGGGCGUGGAAAGGAAGCUCGGGAAUCCUCCGUGGCAAAAGUUCGGCGCCGUUCAAUUUCAGCGCGGCCGGGCGCGGAAAAAAAAAGCUGUGGCGUCCGCGGCGGCUCCCUAAACCCGAUUGAGUGGAAUUAAAGCUGCUUGUCGGGAGUCGGAGCGGGCGGGCCCGCGCUGGGCGGAGCAGGCUCGGGCGGGCGUCUUUCCGAACUUUUGUUUGGAAAGGGUUGGUGCGCGAAGCGACGGAUUUUAUGCCCCUGGCUUCGCGUCCGGCGGACCGAGAGCGCGGGAGGCCCCGACUGCCCCCCUCUCGCCUGUCGGGCCCCCGGAGCCCCCCUCCCGCGGAAGACGGGCGCGGGGCGAGGCGAGGGAGCGAACGACCCCGGCUCCUGGGCAUGCGGGGCGGCCAGCCCGGCGCUGUUGCUUAAGCCGAGCGAGAGAGCGAGAGAUCGCGAAGGGGAGACGGCCAUGGACGUCGGCGGGCAGCCCCAGCAGGCACCGUCGGCGGCUCAGCCCCAGCCGUCGGCGACGCAGCCCCAGCCUACGGGGCAACCCUCGCCGCCAGCGCCUCAGCCCGGCGGGGGAGUCGUAUCCGGGCCGCCUCCGGCCGGCCAUCAAGUCGUCCACGUCCGGGGCGAUUCGGAGACGGACUUGGAGGCCCUUUUCAACGCCGUCAUGAACCCCAAGGGCGCCAACGUGCCCCACACGCUCCCAAUGCGGCUCCGCAAACUGCCGGACUCCUUCUUCAAGCCUCCGGAGCCCAAGGCCCACUCCCGCCAGGCCAGCACGGAUGCAGGAACGGCAGGAGCCCUAACUCCUCAACAUGUCCGUGCUCACUCUUCUCCAGCUUUGUUGGGAACAGUUUCUCCAGGUGCACUUACUCCAUCUGCCGUGGUUCCUGGAGGUACACCCUCUCAGCAUCUCCGUCAAUCAUCUUUUGAAAUUCCUGAUGAUGUACCCCUACCACCAGGUUGGGAGAUGGCAAAGACACCUUCUGGCCAGAGAUAUUUUCUGAAUCACAUUGAUCAGACAACAACAUGGCAGGAUCCAAGGAAGACUCUCCUUUCCCAAAUGAAUGUUACAGCUCCUACAAGCCCUCCAGUGCAGCAGAAUAUAAUGAAUUCAGCAACCGACCCGCUCCCUGAAGGAUGGGAACAAGCCAUGACCCAGGAUGGAGAAAUUUACUACAUAAACCAUAAGAACAAGACUACAUCUUGGCUAGAUCCAAGACUUGACCCACGUUUUGCUAUGAACCAGAGAAUCAGCCAAAGCGCACCAGUGAAACAGCCACCGCCGUUGACCCCCCAAAGUCCUCCCGGCGGAGUCCUGGGAGGUGGCACUUCCAAUCAACAGCAACAGAUAAGACUGCAGCAGCUGCAGAUGGAAAAAGAAAGGUUGCGACUGAAGCAUCAAGAACUGCUUCGGCAGGUGAGGCCACAGGCGUUGCGGAAUAUCAAUCCCAGCACAGCAAAUGCUCCAAAACGUCAGGAAUUGGCUCUCCGUAGUCAGCUUCCCAGUAUGGAACAAGAUGGCACCCAGAAUCGAGUAUCCUCUCCCGGAAUGUCUCAAGAACUCAGAACAAUGACCACAAAUAGCUCAGAUCCCUUUCUUAACAGUGGCACAUACCACUCCAGAGAUGAGAGCACAGACAGUGGCCUCAGCAUGAGCAGCUACAGUGUUCCUAGAACUCCGGAUGACUUCCUUAAUAGUGUUGAUGAAAUGGAUACAGGUGACACUAUCAACCAAAGCUCCAUCCCCUCCCAUCAGAACCGUUUUCCAGACUACCUUGAAGCCAUUCCGGGGACUAAUGUGGACCUUGGAACACUGGAAGGCGAUGCAAUGAAUAUAGAAGGAGAGGAACUGAUGCCAAGCCUACAAGAAGCUUUGAGCUCCGAUAUCCUUAAUGACAUGGAAUCUGUGCUGGCAGCCACCAAGCUAGAUAAAGAAAGCUUUCUUACCUGGUUAUAGGGGCCUCAGGGAGAUGGAAUUUGAAAUCUUUGAAGGAUCUAAGGAGAUAAGACAUGUACCUUUGUUGAAAACGGUAUCAUAAAGGCAUCUUGGCUUAUGAUCAGAGAGGAAAACAUUUUACUGAACAAAAUACUUCAGAUUUUGUUGAUCCAAUGUUUUGUUCUUUUUUUUUUUGUCCAAUCGCUGCUGUUAUAUCGCUGACCUCUUUCACAUUGACUCUGAAGAAUUCUGUUGUUGUUUUUUUUCUGUUGCAACUACUGUUCAGCAUGGUGGUAAUGGACAGGGAGAGGUUGGGAAAGUUGGGGGAGAGAGAGAGAGGGAGAGAAAGAAAGAAAGAGACGGAGACAGCUGUAUUUCUGGGUUAUGUCUACCAUUCCUUUUGCCCUGCUUUCUGUUUGCUUGUCCUUUCUUUGACUAAGGAUGUUGGGGAGCUUCAGUUUUUGUGUGUUGGCAAAAAACAAAAUAACCCUUAACUGGCCCAGCAAGCCAAAAAUGACGUAUCUGAUAGGGUGUAGGAUUUGGGGGGAGGGAGUGCAUACCAAUUUACAAAUAAAGCAUAAAAUGUUUUAUUGUUGGGCACAAAUCAUCAGACAUUUUAGAGUUGGAUACAGUUCUUCAUGCUGCUUGAUCUAUAUUGAACAAAAUAGACAUAUGCCAAGGACGGCUGUUGGAUUGUGCCCACUGGCAGCUUCUUAAUUUCCUCAGUUAGUUUGCUCACAUUUUACAACAUCAUAAAGAAUCCCGUUUAUACAAAAACAUGGGUCGUGAUUGUUGCCUCUUUAGCUUGUUUUCCAGAUUUUAGAUCUAUUUUUAAUUAUAGCAGUAGAUUAGAAAAGGAACUUUUUCUGGUUCUGUUGUAUGUAUUUGUUGUUUCUGUUUUAAUAUUUUUAAAUAGUGAAAUCUAAAUUUCCUGACCACCUAGUCUUAUUUAAGUCUGAAUGGGUUUUUUUUUAAUACUAAGCUAGUAUAGCCAGUUAAUAUCAGUAGUUCUAUGUUUUACUUACAGCUUUUAAAAAGAUAAUCUUGAAUGUAUUCAUUAGAUUAAAGAGCCAUUAGCUUAAGUUUCACCCCUGUAUCCAGAAUUCAAGGAAACUUCCUCUUCUUGCAGAAUUCUUUACCUAAAUGUACUUAUGCCGACAUUAGUCUCACAUAUUCUGGAAGGAGUUUUUAAAGUUUUUAACAUUUAAAAUAAAUUUAAGAAUGGCCAACUGUCUGGCUUUUAGCCUGAGCUUUGAGCACAGUAAACCUUACCCUGAGUUUUUAAUCAAAGGACAGUUUUUGUCAUUGUUCAGAGAGCUUUUUAAUUUUGAUGAAAUUGUUGCCUUGAGAAUCAAGUGUCCCCAUUGAAAAGAAAAUGAUGCUUUCCUGUACAUAGUUUCAUGAUACUGUCUGCACUGUCAGGUGAGUUUACAAUAUUAGCAAUGGGAACACAAAAGUUAAACUAUAUUAAAAGCAUACUGAAAAAUAGGUCCAUUGUACACUUAGAAGACUGUAAAGAUAUGUGAUAGAUAGCAAAACGAGCAUGUAGUUGGCCAUGUAUUUUAGUUGUAGUGAUUAGCACUGAAGUCAAAGAGUGAGUAUAUAUCUAUAACUUUACUUUUAGCAGGAAUGGAUUAUUCUCAAAGUUGUCUGUAGCAAUCGUGAUAUUCUGAAGAGUAUUUUAAAUGAACAAAAUGCCCAUGUUGAAAUAUAAGCUAUGAUGCCUUUUUCUUUUUCCUUUAAAUGCAUUGGCACAGAUAAGUGCCUUGUAGGUCUGUCAACAUUCCCAUUCAUCUGUUGCCUUUAUUGCAAGAUUUUAUAAUAUUAACCAUCAAGAAAAGUUUAAACCUGAAAUUCAGUAUAUAAUUUUCACACUAGGACUGGGGUGUCAAACUCAGGGCCCGGGGGCCGAAUCCGCCCUGCGGGGUGCUUAGAUCUAGCCCGCGGUGCCUCUGCCAGCAAAAACAGACCUUGGGAGCCCUUUUUCUCUGGCACAGUGCUUAAGCCGCCACAGGCGCCCCCAAUACGAGUGACAUUGAGUUGGCCAUGCCCACCCCGGCCCCCUGAAGUCAAACACAAUCCUGGUGUGGCCCGCAAUGAAAUCAUGUUUGACACCCCUGGAUUAGGACACGCUUUAAUAAAAACAAAAUUGGACGGAGUCCAGUUCUUUGCUGAAGUUGGUAAAAGUUAUUUCCAUUUGAUGUCUUGUGAAGCAGGAAAUGGCCUCUCCCUUGGGCACCACCUAUUCACCCUCCAAAUCUGCUCUAAAGAGAUUGGCUCUUUUGGGAAAGAUUUUGUGGGUACAUGGAAGAGAAGUCAAGAAGUGUAAUGCUGGGUUUCAGCCAUGUGUCCCUUUUUAGUUGACAUGAGAAUGAAGUUAAACAGUUGCAGCCUUUAAGUUUUGUGUAUGCCAAUAAGCCACAGCUUAAUAAAUUAUUUUUCUUCUGCGAUGCCAUAUCAACCUCCAAGUCGAUGAACAGGGGAAUGGGAUCAUAUGAGCAGAUUCUCAAUCCCAUUAAGAGGAUUCCUCUGUUUUUUUACUUCCCCACCCUUUCCAAGAAAUACUUGAAAGCCAACUGAAACUUAACUACAAACUGAUUCAAAUAGUGUUCCAAACAGGAGAAAGGGUGAGAAAUUCUGAUGUCUUGCAUUUGGUUUCUUUCCAUACAUGGGAGGACCAUGUACCCCUGUUUGAAUAUCAAAUAGGAACUUCUGAAUUCCUGUACCCAGUAAUCGUUCUUGGUUGCUUUACUUGGUUACAGCUUUAAAGUUGGUACAUUUCCCCCCCAAUUUUUCCAUCUUGUACACUACACUACACAGCUCAAACUAUAUUUGAGUAGCACUGCUAGAGAAGUACUUACCUAAAACUCUCCUUGAAUUUCUCUUGACACUAAGCCUUCUGUACAGUUCUUAAACUCUAGUUACUCUUUAAGCCUGUUCAUUAGGUGGGAAACGUGCCUUAGCAAUCACUCUGUACUGUUGGCAGAAGAAAAACAAACUAGAUGCUAUUACACAUUUUUUUUAUUCAAAUCUGUCAUUUGACAAAGUGGCUUACUCUUUUUAGGGUAUUGAAAUGCAAAAGAAAAAAAGUGUUAUAGGUAGUUUUUUGUAUUGACUGGUGUAUAUAUUUAAACAGAUUUACUGUCCUAACUUUAUGGCUUCUAGAUAUUUUUUUAAGUACAGUGUGUUCAAAAUGCAAUGAAAGCUUAUGAAUUCUUGUGUAUGUUUGGCAACAUGCUUUGAAAAAAAAAUAUACUGUUUCGAUAAAUCAUGUGGAUUCACAGUUGUACCAAUCAGUGUUGGAGCUCAAACAAUGCAAGGUUAAAGAGCAAUUAAUGGUACCCUAUCUUUUGCACAUAUGGAAAAUCCAUAUUAAAAUGACUUCACUUGCAAUCAUGGGGGGGGAGGGGAGUGACUUUUUAUACAAGAGAUGGAUUUGUACGUUUGUCUAAAGUGACACUUUUUCCUUUGGGUGAAAAACUUCUAUAUUUUAAAACGUUUUCUAUUAGAGAACUCUGAAACACAGCUCUCAAAUAUAUAUAGUUAUAAAUGUUAUAUUUUCUUUAAGUGUAAGAGCAUGCCUAUGUUAGUUACCGUAGUAAAUUCUGUUACAUUAUUUUCUUUUAUGUAAUACAUUUUUCACUGCUUUUUUUUGUUUUACAUGAUAUAAAUAUAUACUUUGCGCUUAACAA